AUGUCUCGUCCAAUUUCUCCUGUUGUUGAGAUGGAGACGAGUCGAUGCAGCUCUCCGGUUUCCCCUGCAUCACCCUCGCUUCGCCAAGCCGAAGGCAUCGAACGUCUGAAACGUCUGUAUCCUUACACGGAUGUUGAUUUGCUUCCCAANUGCAGCUCUCCGGUUUCCCCUGCAUCACCCUCGCUUCGCCAAGCCGAAGGCAUUGAACGUCUGAAACGUCUGUAUCCUUACACGGAUGUUGAUUUGCUUCCCAAAAACUGGUCUUCUAAGGAUAAGGCAAACUUUAUCAUUCUCUCGGAAGACGGCCUGAAAGUGCACUACAAGGGAGUUGGAAAGACGCACAAGGAUGCGGCAGCUGUGCGAGCGACGCACCCGAUUCCCUCGAGCUGCCUGCUCUACUACUACGAAGUGCGAAUCGUGAGCAAAGGUCGCGAUGGAUACAUGGGCAUAGGCCUUGCCGCCCAGAACGUCGACAUGCAUCGUCUGCCUGGUUGGGACAAGCAGUCGUACGGCUACCACGGGGACGAUGGCCACUCCUUCAAUAGCUCGGGCACUGGGCAAGCUUACGGGCCCACCUUCACUACUGGCGACAUUAUUGGCUGUGGUUUCAACUUGAUUGAAAACAAGUGCUUCUACACUAAAAACGGCAUUAAUCUCGGCAUCGCUUUCACUGAUCUUGCAAGCGUCCCGCUCUUUCCCACCGUCGGCCUGCAGACGCCCGGUGAAGAGCUGGAGGCCAAUUUCGGCUUGGAUCAGUUUGUCUAUGACAUCGAACAGGAUGUGAUUGCUCUGCGAAAGCGAAUCACCGAAUCAAUUGGCAACUUUCCAGUGAACCACGCUGACUGGCAGCCCAUGCUGCACUAUCUCGUUCAGUCGUGGCUCAUUCACAAUGGCUACUGCACCACGGCGCAGGUUUUCUCUGAGGCCACACAGCUUCCGUUUAAGGAGAAUGUUCAAAAUAUUAAGCAACGCCUGAAAAUUCAGCAGAGUGUGCUCAGUGGCCGAAUCGGAGAAGCAGUUCAUCUUACCAACACACUGUACCCUGAAGUACUGCAGGAAAAUCCAAACCUCUAUUUCACUCUGAAAUGCAGACAGUUUAUCGAGUACGUCUGUGGAUACGAUCGUGCACCUUACCACGCUUUCAAUGGCAAUUGCCAAUUCAACGACCACAAUGGCAACCUAGAUAACCCAAUGGAAGUGGACAUAAGUCCCGAGGAUACUGAACACUCCGUGCAAGAUCCCCUCAUUGAAAGUCACGCCACCAAUGGCUACAAUGAACUGGAAAAGAUCAUCAAAUUCGGCCGAGAGCUGAAUGCCCUUUCAAAGCAACUCUUUGCCACCUAUGGCCACAAUGAGACGAACAAGAAGAUGCUCGAGCAGGCAUUUCACAUAAUUGCAUUCCAGAAUCCAACCGAUUAUAAGAUUGAGGAUGGUGAGAACCUGCUGGAUCGCGAGCAGGUCUGCCAGCAGCUGAACAAUGCCAUUGUCAAGGCGAGCUCUGGCUCGCAGAAGGUGCCCAUUGAGACGGUCAUCAAGCACACGAAAAAUAUCCUGAAAUUGAACAGCCAGUGUGGCGCUUGGCUUCUAGAGAAGCUGUAG